CAUCCACAGUUCACCAUUAAUGCUCAUCCUCUCCUUCCUCCGAUCCUUCACAACUACAACCAAAACACCCUGUUAAUUAGCAUUUCCAAGAAUGGGAAGAACUCCUUGCUGCGACAAGAAUGGGCUGAAGAAAGGCCCCUGGACUACUGAAGAGGAUCACAAGCUCACCUCUUACAUCCAGUUGCACGGCCCUGGCAACUGGCGCACCCUCCCCAAAAAUGCCGGUCUUCAGAGAUGUGGUAAGAGUUGUCGCCUGAGAUGGACGAACUACCUCCGCCCCGACAUCAAGCGAGGCCGUUUCGCCUUCGAGGAGGAGGAGACCAUCAUCCAGCUCCACAGCAUCCUCGGCAACAAGUGGUCAGCCAUAGCUGCCCGUUUGCCUGGAAGGACGGACAACGAGAUCAAGAACUAUUGGAACACCCAUAUCCGCAAGAGGCUUCUCCGCAACGGCAUCGAUCCGGUCACCCACGCGCCCCGCCUCGACCUCCUCGACUUAUCCGCGAUUCUCGGCAACGCGCUCUGCCACGUCAACCCGGCCGCGUCUCUCCUCGCCCUUCUCGCCGCCGGCACACAGUCCCCUCCGUCCCUGCUCAACCCGGAGCUCCUCCGCAUCGCCGCCGCGCUCGCCUCGCUGAAGCAGGAGAACCCGGAUCUCUACCUCCAACAGCAGCAGAAUCUCACGGACAGUCAAACGACGCCGUCGCAGCUGAUUCAGCAGCAGCAGGCUGACCUGGAGCGUUUCCUGGAAUUAAAUAAUAAUAAUGAUAACAACUCCGGGAGUCAGGUGUCGGAUCAGGAUAAUUUCGCUUCGCUACCCAAUGAUUUUGGGUUUUGGAAUACGAUCCCUGAACUUUCGGAGAAUAGUCAGAGUUUCCAGUCUGUUGGAGCCGGGUUGAGUGGGAAUAAUAACGGUAACGGUGCGGAUUGGUAUCAGAGUAGCUUGAUUAGCGCCGGCGGUGGAAAUAUUGGUAAUGCGGACUCGUCCGUUAUUUCGACGCCGUUAUCGAGCCCAGCGCAGGUGACACCGACGUCGUCAAAUUUCGUGAACGGCAGCUUGAGUGCCGGUACGACGACGGAGGAUGAGAGGGAGAGCUAUUGCAGCGGCUUGCUCAAGUUUGAGAUUCCGGAGAGCUUGGAGUUACUUGACGAUUUCAUGUAAAUAAAUUAUCAUGUAAUAGAUAAAAGCUUUUUAC